AUGCAACGCCGUAUGUUAUCAAAAGAAGAUGAGGCCGCAGUAGGCACAGAUGAGGUCGAAGUAAGAAGAGAAGAUCAAGACAAAAUCAAUCGGUUCAGUCGUCUACACCAACGAGAGAUUGGGCUCGAGGAUGAAUUGAAGUCAAAACAUAAAGAAAAGGAAGACCUUGACGAUGUUUCGGGCGAACUCGAGUUGGCAGAUGAAGAUGACCUGAUACCGUACAAAAUCGGAGAUUCAUUCAUUUCGCUACCACUGCCUGAGGUUCAGGAACUGCUCACGAAAUCGACACAGAAUAUCGAGGAGGAAGUUACGGUGGUCGAAGAAAAGCUUAGCACAAUCAGAGAGGAAAUGACACAAUUGAAGGUGGAAUUAUAUGCCAGAUUUGGUCGAAGUAUCAAUUUGGAAACAUAG